UACACAAGGAUUCCUAAAAGUCUUCCUUUACAGUCCGUCCUCCGUAUAGGGUAGGUGACUAGGGGUAUAUAUCCAGAUUUUAGUCCACCAGGGGGUUAAUAAACAUCUUAAAAUGAGAAUCUGGACUUCUGAACACAUCUUCAGCCAUAGUUGGGAGACGGUGACUGAAGGGCAGUGGCAGAAAUACCCUAAUCCACAUAAUCAGGCUGUUAUUGGAACUGAUGUAGUUGAGAGGAAGGUUGAGAAUGGUAUACUACACACGAAUAGAAUCAUAUCAUCAGAUUGGGGGCUAGCGGACUGGGCCCAGAGAAUACUCGGAGCAAACAAAGUCUGCUAUGCGCAUGAAUACUCAAUGGUGAAUCCCAGUGAGCGUGUGAUGGAGAUGCACUCAAGAAAUCUCUCCUUCUCUAAUAUCGUGAAUAUGCAAGAAAAAAUGACCUACAGACCCCACCCUGAGGAUGCUGGUAGGACGGUGAUGAAACAGGAAACCGUUGUAACAGUCCAGGGAGUUCCUCUCACAUCCUACAUGGAGAACAUUAUCGUCAACACCGUCUCAUCAAACAGCAACAAGGGGAAAGCAGCAAUCGAGUGGAUAGUCGAGAAGCUGGGUCAGGAAUGCAGAUCCUUGAGCCUUUCCUCUUCAUUAGAAAAACUUAAACUCGAGAUGGUUGAUCUUAAGCAUACAGUUGCAGACUCAUUAGUACAUACAGCUAGACAACAUAUAGAUGAUCUACAGGCCCGAGUACAGUUGGAUCUUCAGAAACUUGGAAGUAGUAUAGCUCAGCCUGUCAUGCUGAAAGCAGAAGAUAUUUCCAGUUCAUCAUCUAGCUAAUAAACAACCAUGUAAACAACACAUACCAUGUACUGUGUACUCAAGUCUGGAAAGUACACUGUUCAUGUUCUGUGUACUAUCAUCUAUACAGUACACCCCAUGACUUGGCAACAUAGCUCAAAACUCAACUUGAUUCAGACUCUAGCUUUUACUGAGACAUCAAGCUAGAGUUCUAGUCUUUACUUGGACAUCAAGUCAGAGUUCUAGUCUUUACGUGAACAUCAAGCUAGAGUUCUAGUCUCUACGUGAACAUCAAGCUUUAGUUAAGUUCUCCAACUUAAAAUCUCUGGACUCUACACUGUACCCUUCUUCUACACUACAGAACAUACUGUACAUAAAAAGUAUUGUACUGGAGGAAAUCACCGUGUAAACCAUAUAGUACAUAACAAAUCUCAAGCUUGUGUACAGAAUGUGCUAUAAACACUUCUAUAAUAAUAUUAACAACCUUGCUAUAGAACAUUAAGUAUUGUACAAUCAAUUCCUUGUUCGCAAACUUAUUGACAUGCAGCUGGAGGAAAUUGUUGUACAUUUUUGUUUUAAUUUCAUUUAACACAUGUUGAUAGUUAUCAAACACGUGUUGAUAGUUAUCGAACACGUGUUGAUAGUGAUCGAACACGUGUUGAUAGUGAUCUAACACGUGUUGAAUGUGAUUGAAAAUGUGCUGAAGGUUACCUAACACUUGUUGAAUGUUCUCUAUCACAUGAUAUUACCUGUCGAAUUGGAGCUAUCGUGAUAAAUUAGAUAUGUAACACGUGUUGAAUGUGAUCUAACACAUGAGAACGGUAUAUUUAACAAAUGUAUAAUGCGAUCUUAUAUCAUAUGUUAUAUAUGUCGAUUGUAAUGAUAUAACGCGUUUGGAAUGUGAUCUAACGUAUAUAAUGUUAUUUAUAAUGUGUUAAAUGUCAUCUUACACGGGGUUUUAAUAAGAUCUUACACGUGUUUUUAACAAGAUCUUACACGUAAAUAUGGUCUUACACGUGUUUUAAACAUGAUCUAAUACGUGGUAGAACAGAUAUUAUUUCUGGUAAACAUGUUCACGUGUUUGUGACGUAAGCUUGAGAUGAUCUACGGCUGUUAUGUAAAUGACGGAUAUUAUUGGAUUUAGUCUUCUAAAUUGUGAUACUCACAACACCAUAUUAAAUAAAUUUUAUUUUUAA